GGGCGUGUGCGCGUAUGAAAAGCGGAGGAAGCGAAGAAAGUGUUCCAGCUCUGUGAUCUGUGCGUGCACCGCCGCCACUGUUGUGAGCGCGCCAGGCUGAAGAUCGUUGCGAAAGUGACCUGAGCAGGCUCGGGAGGGAGAAGCGCGAGGGAAAAAAGCGAGUCCGCCUGUGCGAGCCGAGCCUUUUCCAGCUGCCCAGGGCACCCGAAAGACAAGAGAUGGGGACUCGGCGCAUCGGAGGGGGGUGAAAACGAGGGGAGGGGGUGGGCGAGGAGUGUGCCGGGGUGGGAGGCAACACAUGCCGAGCACAAUCAGGGAUGGGACCCACGUCUGCAGCUGCACCUGGACCUGCUGCUCGUCAGGAGGGAGAAACAACAAGCAAGAAAAGAAGAAAUUAAGAGAAGGGGGGCCGAGUGGCGAACUCGCCAGCAUCAGUCUUAAUUUAUACACUCCUUCGGAGAAGUCCGUUCUUCGCCAGCCGAGGGAUUAAAUAAUAAUAAAAGCCUAGGCGCAGACGUUCGGGCAAUUGCACAAAGAUCCGGAAAGAAGUCUAGAAAUUUUUUUAAAAAAGAAACAGAAACGCGCACACAGGGCUUGCUGGAUUUUGCACAGAGCGGCCAUCUCAGCUGGAAGCAAUUCUUCGGAUUUUUUUUUUUUUAAAUGCAUCUAUGGAGUUACUUUGUAUCUACUCCUGAAAGGGGAGGGUAUCAUCUUCGGAUCCUGCGAGGGGGGGUCGUUCUCGCCCUCCGCAAUGGUACCGGGUUGAUCUUUGCAAAGGGAGAUUCCGUAAGCGUUGCCAUUUCUGGAGCAUCUCUCGCUUACCCCUCUCUGGUAGCCCGACGAACAUUCUCAACUCUUGGGAGGACGCUCUCUCCCAGCAAAGAUGGAAGAGAAACGGCGAAAAUACUCGAUCAGCAGUGAUAACUCAGACACUACUGACAGUCAAACAACAUCAACUUCAAGAUGCUCCAAAAUUCCAAAUACAAAAUCUGGUUGGUCAAGGCAAAAGGAGAAGAAACCCUCAGAGGUUUUUCGCACCGACUUGAUAACAGCAAUGAAGAUCCCAGAUUCUUUCCAGCUGAGCCCGGAUGAGUACUAUAUUCUUGCUGAUCCCUGGAGGCAAGAGUGGGAAAAAGGUGUUCAGGUGCCAGCAAAUACAGAAACAAUCCCAGAACCAGUGGUAAGGAUAAUCCCUCUAUUAGAACAUUCUUCAUCACAGACCUUUCCAACGAACCUGUCCAGCUCUGAAAAUUCAGAUGCUUCCAGAACAUAUUCCCAGAGAGUAUGUCGCUAUGAUCUGGAUGAAAUUGAUGCUUGCUGGUUAGAACUUUUCAACAUGGAGCUCAAAGAAAUGGAAAAGCCAGAAAUGGAUGAAUUCACCUUGGAAAGAGUGCUUGAGGAACUGGAGACUGUGUGCUAUGAGAAUAUGAACGUUGCCAUUGAGACAGAAGAAGGCCUUGGGAUAGAGUACGAUGAGGAUGUGGUUUGUGAUGUGUGCCGUUCACCAGAAGGAGAAGAUGGCAAUGAGAUGGUUUUCUGUGACAAAUGCAACGUCUGUGUGCAUCAGGCUUGCUAUGGAAUCCUGAAAGUUCCCCUUGGAAACUGGCUCUGUCGGACCUGUGCCCUGGGAGUUCAGCCAAAGUGUUUACUCUGCCCAAAGAGAGGGGGAGCCCUGAAACCUACCCGGAGUGGAACAAAAUGGGUUCAUGUUAGCUGUGCCUUAUGGAUUCCUGAAGUUAGCAUUGGAUGCCCUGAAAAAAUGGAACCAAUUACAAAAAUUUCACAUAUCCCAGCAAGCAGAUGGGCUCUGUCAUGCAGUCUUUGCAAGGACUGUACUGGAACCUGUAUUCAAUGUUCCAUGCCUUCCUGCAUCACAGCCUUCCAUGUAACGUGUGCCUUUGAGCACAAUUUGGACAUGCGGACACUGUUAGCAGAAAACGAUGAGGUAAAGUUCAAGUCAUUCUGUCUUGAGCAUAGCACUGGUGCCACCAAGCCACCAGAUGACGUACGGAUGGAGGCAGAUCAAGGUAAACUAGACAUGGAAAAGGUAACACUGAGAAAACAGAAGCUCCAACAGUUGGAAGAGGACUUCUAUGAUCUUGUGAAACCUUCUGAAGUGGCGGAGAACCUUGAUUUGACUGAGUGGCUAGUUGAUUUUGUCUAUCAGUACUGGAAGAUGAAGAGAAAAGCUAAUUAUAACAAGCCACUACUGAUGCCCAAGACAGAUGAAGUGGAUAAUUUGGCUCAGCAAGAGCAGGAUGUAUUGUACCGACGCUUGAAGCUCUUCACACACCUUAGACAGGAUCUUGAAAGGGUUAGGAAUCUUUGUUAUAUGGUAACAAAACGAGAGAAAAUGAAGCACUCCAUUUGUAAACUCCAGGAACAGAUUUUCCAUCUCCAGAUGAAACUUAUUGAGAAAGAUCUUUAUGCAGAGCAAGCUGAAAAGAGAACAAAAGGAAGGAGAAGUGAUCCAAAAAGAAAAGGAAGAGAUGAUAGGAAAAGCAGUCCUGAGAAGAAAGAAAAGAGAAAAUCAGGGAACGAGUUAGUACUUGGACAGCUGGGCCUGUCAACUUCCUUUCCCAUUGCCGGGACCUUCUUCAACAGCUGGUUGGCUCAAUCUGUACAGAUCACCACAGAGAACAUGGCAAUGAGUGGGUGGUCCUUGAACAAUGGCCAUCAUGAAAACACAACCCCAGGCCUUUCCGAGGAACUUUUACAAGAUGAAGAGACCUUAUUAAGUUUCAUGAUGGAUCAUUCCUUGAAGUCACCUUUGAAGCAGAGUGACCCAGCUAAGAAAACUAAAAGUAAACAUCGAACACACACCAAGAAAAAAACAGCAAGAAACGGCUUAAAUGCCCUCUUUAAAAGACAUCAAGAAGAGGAUUCAAAUCAAUGGACUAACAGCAGUUACUUGGCAAAUAACACGACAAAAUCUUUAUCCCACGAUUUAAGAAAUGGCAAGGCGGAGAAAAGUAUGGACAAACUGUACUCCGAGCGCAAAGGGGCCUGUGAAGUGAAAAAGACAUCUAAGAAGGGCUCUUCUCAUCCUGGACUUCCUCUUCCAAAAGCAAAUGAUUCGCAAGCGUCCCCGAGUCUCAUAAAUAACCUAAACCACGAUGAGGAUGUCAUGAAAUACACCCCAACAGAUCCUAACACUCUGGUUCAAGUGCCUGAUUCAGUAGGUAGUCUGAAAACAGUGGUGAGGUUCAAAUUACCGAAAGAAGGCAAAGGGACUCAAAGAUCACAGAACAAGGCACCUGAAAUGCUUCAUGGACCUCCAGAAAAUGAAAGGUCAAAGGUUAUAUUGCAUCCUUUUGACAAUGAGACUGAUGGCUACUUUUCAGAUGCAGAAAUGAGUGACUCUGACACAGAAUCUGGAAGCGGCAGAGGGCACCACAGCCAGUUAGAUUCAGGAAACGAGGAUAAUUUCAGAAUGAGUAUUUUGGCAUCUUAAUGCACCUCUGAGACCAGUCAUGACAGCUUUGUGAGGCCUAAAUCCAGUUAAAACUGCCAUGUCCAAUUUCAACUGGUAUAACAAUGGGGUUUGGUUUGUUACUUUGUUUUUAAUUUGUAUAUAUAAUUCAGAAAAGAGCACUGUUGUUUCCUCUCUCUAUAUGCUUGAGAAACAGCUCCAGGCUUCACCAAUUUUGACUUCUAUACAGUCACAGUAGUUAACCCUUGUCACAUGUAUAUCUUGGUUACAUAGAAUGCAGGCAUACACAUUAUUAAGGACAUCAGUUUUCUGGGAGCAAGCAGGACAUUUCAGGAUUUUAAUGAGGAGAUCUGAGAUUGCCAGCGUCUGUUGUUCAUGCAGGGAUGACAGCUUUAUGGGCAUUACUUAAGUAAAUUGAUUUCAUGAUCUGCCAGAUGUUACUGCCUCUUUCGGGGCAGGUUUCAGAAGGAGAAUACUACUAUGGAAGCCAACUAUAUCCAUAGAACGUGGAAUAGUAAAAAUAGAUGUUUAUAGGUAUGUGUGUCUGUGCACCUGCACAUGCAUGUACACGUGCAGGGUUUGCCAGUGUGUAUGUCUGUGUGUGCAAGUAUGAAGUAAAAUAAGCGAUUCUUUUUUUUUAAAGAAGCACAACAGGCUUAUUUGAAGAAAGCACUUAAUGGGUAGAGGAAUACAACAUUGUAUUUAUGGUCUACUAAACUUUUUUUCCCCUUCUUCUCCCUUACCUCUUCAGUUCAAUUAUCCAGGAAGCAAGAACCACUCCAGUUAUCAGCUGAGAGCUCUAUAAAGACCCAUCCAAAGCUCUCAGUAGAUAGAAUUUACAAAUCCACGCUUAAAGCUGCUCUGUUCCUUGUCAGUAUCUUUCCAGAGUAAAUUGGGGUAUUAUUUAUACUACUCAUUGGUAAAACCUAAACCUUUGAUUAUUAGAGCCAUUCCCCCAUACUUUCCUCAGGUUAAAAUAGCCUAGUAUGGGCCAAACAAAGAUCAGAAGAAGAAAUGUUUCAAUUACUCAGAGGGGGAAUUAUUCAAAGAACUUCAAAGAACUCCAGUCUGUGCUUUCAUGAUAACUCAAUACAUCUCUGCUCAUCUCUAGGAACUGCUUCUGUACAGUAGCAGCCACUUGGUUGAAGAGGCAGCAUCAUUGAAACAUUUCCUUUCCCAUCUUAUUUGUUUUUAUAAACACUAAUUACAUUGAUGGCUUUUCCCCUUUAUUUCCUUUCCUUUCAAAGUAAAAACUUGUUAGUGAGCCAUCAACACAUCCUAAGAGGGUGAUUCACAGAAGUCAGCAUUCUAAAUAUUUCAGUAAUACUGUACAUCAGAUGUUUCUAAUAAGCCUUAAAUGUUGUUUAAAAACUGGUGUGACUUAUGAGUCAUACAGAUCUCCAAGUUUGCACUUCGUUACACUAUUGAUUCCAUUUUGGCUUCAAAGGUUAUAGUCAAGGGUUUGAGGUUUGCUACAGGCUUGAUGGGAGUGGCCCCAGUGUAAGCUCAGGGAAGUAAAAUAAAAAGACAAGUGAAGUUCACUAAACAUUUUUGCUGAUGGUAGGUAACUUUGAAUAUGUGUGUGUGUGUAUGUGUGUAUGUGGUAUACGCACAUUUAUACAUACCCUUACAUAUGCACACUGGGACACUUUCAAACUGGGGGAGAAAAGCAUCUUUUAAUUAUGAUGAAUCUGUGAAAUUAUUUUAUGGAUGCCAAAGAAUAUAGUAAAAUAGCACAGCCAGAAACCAGAAACUUAUUAUGAGCAAAAGCUGUUGAAUAACUAAAGGACUAAAUCUGUAUUCAUGACCCAUUUUGCAAGCUUGCUGAAGAUGAUGCUUUCAUCAUUUGAACCAUCUUCCACCAUUGUGAUUUCUGAUGUUACUUGUUCACUGCAGUGAGAGCAAUAUUACUAUUAUUAUUUUGUUCUCCGAUGCCAUAUACUGGCAAUCCUUUUUUUUUUUUUUUUGGGAAAGUCUCAUUAUUUUUACCAGUCUUCUGAAAUCCUUAAUAAUAUUCCAGUUGAGCUAUAAAUUAGAGAAUCUCUAUUCUGGAAAGAAACCAGAAUCAGUUGCCAAAUACACAUCAGUGUUUUACUGAUAUAUGUUUGCAAAAUUAUUUUUCAAAUCAUUGACCAAAAUGGAACCGUUCAAUGUUAGUAGCCUAACAUAUGGAUUGGCAAGUAAAUUUUGUUCCAUCUUCGAGGCUUGGUAUGUUCAGAUAAUGUUAAAUACAGUAAAUAGGACUUAGUUUUAUCUUAUCAAGCUUGCUAGACUUUAGCUACAAUAUCCUAGUUAUGUCAUACAAAUAAUCAAUAUGCUGCCUUUAAUGGAUCUUGCUUCCGUGUGCUUUAGUUCAACUAUUGCUUUAAAAACAAGAGGAAAAAAAAUCCAGAAAUCUUGCUGUAUGCAGCUUCAUUUGCCAGCUACUGCAUUACUUGCUUGCUCACUCAAUACAGGACAGCAAAAGGGGUAAACUUUAAAGAACAACCAAAUUAAAGCAACACCUCUCUUCAUUUAGAUGAUGUAUAUAGAAGGGUGGAACACUCCAUUUUUUACUGUGAAUAAGAUGUUAUUAUGAAAUAAUUUUUUAAAAAAGAAAAUGCAAAAAUAAUUAUUACUUUGCCAUGGUCCAGAGUCUCCAGUUUAAUCUUAACCAGUGAUAUAUAUAUUUAU